AUGUCCCCUGGGUACCAGCAUCUCCUGGGUAUCAGCAUCCCCAGGUACCAGCAUCCCCUGGGUACCAGCAUCCCCCUGCCCAGGGAGCGGGCCCAGUUCCGGUGUCCCGUGGGUCCGGCUGACACCUUUGCACCCGUGGGUGCUGUGAGGUACAGUGGCAAGACGGUACCCAACCUUUUCCUUCCCUUUUCUCGCAUUUUCUGCGACCAGCUGAGGGCGUGCCGAGACCGCGUAAGGGCCCGCAGCCACGCGGAGGGGAACGAGGUGUCCCAGGAGAGCCUGCUCCUCCACGGCCCCUUCGCUCGGAAGCCCAAGCGCAUCCGCACCGCCUUCUCGCCGUCGCAGCUCCUGCGGCUGGAGCGGGCCUUCGAGAAGAACCACUACGUGGUGGGCGCCGAGCGCAAGCAGCUGGCCAGCAGCCUCAGCCUCUCCGAGACCCAGGUGAAAGUCUGGUUCCAGAACCGGCGGACGAAAUACAAACGGCAGAAGCUGGAGGAGGAAGGACCCGACUCGGACCAGAAGAAGAAAGGCUCCCACCACAUCAACCGAUGGCGCCUCGCCACCAAGCAGUCGAGCGGAGAAGACAUCGACGUCACCUCCAACGACUAA